CCUAAUAAUCACAACAUCAGCACAGUUAAGAACAUACAUAAUAGCCUAGGUAAAAUAACCAGGUCAGCUAUCUAAAAGCUACAAAAAAAGACCCCCCAAACCUUGGCACCUGCCAAUCCUAGCCGUGGCCAAGAAGCACGAGUUCGUUCUACCAAGUUUAUUCCUCGUAUGUGUGUGGUUUUCGCGAACGGUGCGUUAUGUUGCACUCCCCGCAGCUUGGCUGGUGGGCAUGCCGCUGUAUCUAGCCUAGGUUAGAGGGUAAAGUAAUAUAUGCCCAGAGAUAGAUACUCUCGCGUGGCAUGGUUGAUGCGAUGUUGCAAAUGAUAAGUGAUAAACAAAUGCAUGCAAAGGCUAAGAGGCUAGAAGCUCUUAUGCCUGCUGUAACUAGAUACCUAUAUAUAAAGCCCAGGUAGGUAUUUAUAUAUUCCUCUCCAUCCCUCCCAACCUACUUACCUAGGUAAAUAUUCGCACAAGAUGAAGCACACCGCCAUAACCCUCCCUCUAGCGGGCCUUCUCGCAUCGCAAGUCCUGGCGUUGGAACCACUAACACCAGAGAAGAUCGAAGCAGACGUCAAGUCCGAAGAGCUAUCCAACAACCUCUGGGACCUCGACCGCAUCGGCGCCGCGAACAACGGGACGCGCGCCUUCGGCCUACCAGGCUACCUCGCGUCUGUGGAGUACGUGCUGAACCGGACGCGCGUGCCCGAGUUCGACGUGCAUGUCCAGGCCUUCAACCACACCUUUGCCCAGGUACGGUCGAUCAGCGUGACUGGCCCCGAUGGCGAAGAUGUCGCCGCCGUGCCACUGAUCUAUAACCCAGGCACCGAGGCUGCCGGUAUCUCGGCGCCGCUAGUGGAUACGCCGGUUGAUGAUGAGAGAGGCUCAGCGUGCUUCGAAGACCAAUGGACCUCGACCGACGCAACCGACAAGCUAGCCCUCGUCAAGCGCGGCGGCUGCGCCAUCUCCGAUAAGCUCAAGCUCGCCAAAGCCCACGGCGCGCUCGGUGUAAUCCUGUACAACAACGUCGAGGGCACUCCAUCCUCCGCUACUCUAGGUGCCGAAAACAUCGGGCUCCUCGUGCCCGUCGGCACGAUCCAGCAGGAUAUCGGCGAGGCGUGGAGUGCCCGGCUUGCGGCAGGAGAGCAGCUGACAGCGAGCCUCACUGUGGAUGCCGAGUUCGACACCCGGGAGACGUGGAACGUACUAGCCGAGACCAAAGCCGGGGAUCCCUCGAACGUGAUCAUGCUGGGCGCACAUCUGGACUCGGUGCAAGCGGGACCUGGCAUAAACGACGACGGAUCAGGAACGAGCGCGUUGCUCGAGCUAGCAACGGCGUUCCGGGCUUACGACGGGUUUGCGAACAAGGUGCGGUUCGCAUGGUGGGGUGCCGAAGAGAGCGGGCUAAUCGGAUCCCUUUACUACACGUCACAGCUGACGGAAGAGGAGGCCGACCACGUGCGUUUUUACUUCAAUUACGACAUGAUUGGGUCGCCGACGCCCCAAUUUGCCGUAUACACGGGCGAUAACGAGGGUGACUUAGCCGGCGCGCAGCCCCUGAAGGACUACCUAGUGGCAGCAGGCCGUGACGCUUAUUUCGGCAGUUUUGGGUCGAGCUCAGACUAUGUCGGCUUUCUCGAAUUGGGUAUUCCGUCUUCCGGAAUCUUUACGGGAGCUGGGGCACCCACCGACCCGUGCUACCACCUAGCCUGUGAUACAGUCAGCAAUGUAAAUGUCGAAGCCCUCACUACAAACACGAAAGCGGCAGCGGUCGUUGCAGCUCGCAUGGCUCUCUCCCUCGAGGGGGUACCGCCUCGAACUAAGACGUCACUCAACCCGCGCGAUAAAAGUCAUAUCCAGGCGCAGUUCAGCAAAUGGAAGAUGGCCGCCGAACACGCAUUGCUGGAAAAAUCAUGCUCCCAUGGUGAGAAGACGACUGUAUAAGUGGCUCAUAGGGGCAGGGGCACGUACUCGAUAUAGAAAACGUUCUCCUUAGGUGAAGACAUAGUGUCAGUAUAGAACAAAGACCCAU